AUGGACCGGCAUAAGAUCGUCGCGGGAGCUGCUGGUAUGGCUGUGGGCUGCGGAACGGUGUGGGCGACAUAUUUCGACGAGGAGAACCGAUCGGGAGGCGGGCAGCACGCCUGUUUGACCUCCAACAGUGGGACAAAGGAAACAGCUGCUCGGCUAGCAUCAGGGCUGCCUGGGCCUGUGCUUGCAGAUCUGAUCACUGCAAAGAAAGACGCUCCUCUGGCUAGAAUUCUGCCGAAAUUCGACAUUGUCUUGUCGCCUGCGAAUUCCUCUGGCGGUGGCCCUGUCGUUGGUGGUAUCGCUGGCGUUGGCGGUGCUGCUGGGGUGAAACGGAAAAAAGGUGGCAGGAAAGCAGGCGGAAAUUAUUUUCUGGAUGGAGCAGAGGAGGCGGAUUCAUGGGAUACGGAGCUUCCUGCGUUGAUGCCUAUGGCCGAGAUACAGCAGCACGUGGAGGCUGCUAGCAGGGUAGCAGUGUCGCCUUCAUUCUCUGAGGAGGCAUGCAGUGCGCUGCAUGCUUACUACCUUGUGAUUCGCCGGGCCAAGGUGGACCAGGAUGUUGGGGACGUGUCGCUGCUGACUCUGGAGAGCUUGAUACGAGUUGCGAUCGCAUGCGCCAAGCUGUGCAUGAGGUGCGAAAUGAUGGUUCCUGGUAGGGUCUUUCUUUCUUGUCUUUGUGGCAUCUUUGUUCGUUGGGCAAAGGUGGACCAGGAUGUUGGGGAUGUGUCGCUGCUGACUCUGGAGAGCCUCAUUCGAGUUGCUAUCGCAUGCGCCAAGCUUUGCACGAGCUACCAGGAUGCAUCGGCACAGCUAAGCAGGGCUGUGGAAGGAGGGGUGAAUUUCUUUGACACGGCUGAGAUGUACCCUGUGCCGCAACGGGCAGAGACUCAGGGCUCAAGUGAGGCGUAUCUGGGGCGGUGGUUGGCCGCUUCUGGCAUUCCGAGAGACAAACUCAUAUUCGCCACCAAGGUGGCGGGCCCAUCAGCUCACAUGACGUGGAUAAGAGGGGGCCCUUGUGCCCUCGACCCCGUUAACAUGGCUGCUCUCCUCCCUCCCUCCCUCCCCUCCCCUCCCCUCCCCUCCCCUCCCCUCCAAUCCCCUCCCCUCCCCUCUCUCGCCCUUCAGAAACCUUUCAGGUAG